UCGCGUUCGUCGAUUCUGUAGAUGGAAUACAAAAGCACGUGGACGAAAUAAAAGAAGGUUUCUAUCUAAAAUAGUCGCUGUUGUUUGAUAAAAUGGAGAAAACGCCGAUUAAAAUGGAAUUAGACGAUAGUGUAAAGGAAGGCAAUGGUGCAGAUUCAACAGAAAUCAGUUACGAAGAUAAAUUAAAGUACAUAAAUACCAUAGCCAAACCUAUGGCUCCGAAAAAAUUAACAAAGAAGAUUUACAAGUGUAUAAGAAAAGCGUCAAAGCAGAAGACCUAUCUUCGAAAUGGACUAAAAGAUGUUCAGAAGCACCUUCGUAAAGGAGAACAUGGGUUGGUUAUCUUCGCUGGAGAUGUUUUUCCUAUAGAAAUUAUGUGCCACUUACCUGUUGUUUGCGAGGACAAGAACAUUCCGUAUUGUUACACUCCUUCGAGGCAAGAUAUUGGAAGUGCAAUGGGUGUGAAAAGAGGAAGUCUCAUGGUUCUCAUAAAAGAACACGAAGACUAUAAAGAUCUCUACGAUGAAAUAAAAUCUGCAAUGACGACCCUAUCGGCACCUUUAUAGUGUUAUACCUGCUACUGUGUGCCUUUGGUCGCAUCGCAAAUAGGGUACAUGAAUUUGCCAUUAAACAAACAUCGAGUCAGACAUUUUGUGCAAUGCCUGAGUUUCGUCAAACUUUGAUUCGCAAGUUAUACACAUUAUUACAUCUUUUAUACGAUUCUCUUCCUCGAUAGUAUAUUUAAAUAAGCUAAAACGAAGUAAAAAUACUAUAAAGAUUUAAAAUAUUGUACGAUUGCAGUUCAGAAGACAUUUCUGAUUUGGAAUAAAGUACACAUUACACGAUUGUGUUCGAAAAUUAACUGCAAUUAUUAAACGUUCUUAUUUUUUAGCAUCGAGAGGUAAAACGGAAUGUAGUAUGUAUUAGGAAAAUACGCAGUUGAUUUUCCAACACAAUUUCUAUGCGAAGUUAAUUAAAAAUUACCUUUAUUUAUCGCCUGUGCAUUUGAAAAUAGAAUAUUAAAAUGUAGCUCAAGAUAAAAAUCAUAUUUCUCGAAGCGGCAUGCAUACAUACGUAUAUACAACAGCUUUGCGUUUAUUUUAGGCGGGUAAAAUUAAAUCUGACAUAAAUGUUGUUGUAAUCUCGAUCAAUGAUCGCGAAGAUAUCCGAAAAUCGGGUUUAGAUCGUCGGUCGAGACUUUCCGAACAAUCGCUUUGAUGUGUUUUUAAUUUCAUUCUGCGAGACAUUGAAAAUAUCUUGGAACGCAAUCCUUAAAAAUACAUAAUUAUAAAAUUGGACGUUAUUAAAGUCCGAUACAUAGUACUAAUCGUUUGUUGUCUAUCAUGUGUCUGUUAAAUUACGACACGUUUAACGAUCAACGUUCGAAUGUUGGAAUUUGAAAGUGUGUUCGCAAAAUAAUUAAAUAUGCGAAAUAGUUUGGAAUUAAGAACGUAAACGUGUGCUCGCAAAUCUUGAUUUCAAUUCGAGUGUGAUAACGGCACGUUGAUCGAAAAUAAUCAAAUUUUAUCAUCGCGAUAAAUAUUUCUCGUUCGUUUAUAUUUAAACUUUUCGUUUGCCGAUACGGAACGUUGUAAUAUGCAUUGAUAAGUUUAUAAUUUUCUUAACCGAUAUCUAUGUUUAAACUGUUAACACGACCAAAGUUACUUAUUAUCGAUCGUGACGGUAAAACAGAUCGCAAGUACUUUCUACGGAUCGAUCAGUUUGCAACGAUUCGAUAGAGAGGUCGCAAUCGCAACAAGCAUUCACGGUUUAGGUUCGGAGGCCUUGCGAGCGUGGUAGUGCUAAAGUGUCGAAAUUUAAAACACAGAAACGCAAACAAAAUGCAUCUAAGUACUUCGGAGGUGGCAGAGAAAUCCUUUCUUUUUCCUUGGAAAAUACGACGGUACGAGGACACCUCUAUUCUUUCACGUACGAUAUUUUAUACAUAGAACUCCGCAUCGAAAGAACGUGAAAAGGGGACUUUUGUCGCCCGCAAAUGCCUCUUACGCGUGGACAAGUAUUUAACUUAACUUCAUUCACAACAACUGACGAUUAAAAUGCGCGUGGAAGGUAAACAUUGUUUUACUCCCUAUCGUUCUAUAUGUAUAUGUAUAUGUAUGCGUUCGUACACACGGCUGUAUCCUUAACUCUACUCUUACCAAGUCAGUAGAAAAUAUACAUUUACGAGCGACGAAGGAUAACAUUGACAUUGAAAUUGACGUAGCGUACAAGUGGGACGUUAUUCUCACCCUUCGCCGGAACAGACAUUCUGCAGUACGUCGUUUCCGUCACAGAAUUUUCUACAGAUCGGGCAGUAGCGUAUCUUAACAAUUGUAUACGUUCAUUAUUUUGUUCGUUAUUCGGUACGUUCGACGCGCGAAUCUAGCGAUGGGGUGUCGAAACGAUUCGAGUUCACCUCGAACGUUACGACGAAAGAAUUUUUAGUACAAAGAUAUUCCAAUGUUACAGAUAUUCUAACCAGUUUUAAAAUACGAACGAUAGGUGGAGCGACUCGUACGUUCCUAACGACUAAAUAGCUGGAAAAUCUGCGAGCAGGAAUACAUCGCUAUGCGCGCGAACGUGAUGUGGUUCGUAUACAAGAAUAUAAGGUUAAAAUUACUUAUGACAAUGCGUAGGUGUGUACAGCGUGUAUCACGCUCCUGUCUCUAGCUAAAUCAUAUAUCUCUCCUUUCGUUGUCUCACUCUCUCACUGUUUCAGGCACGCAAUGAAUGGCAUCGAUCGAGUAACGCGACAGGAGGAUGGAGCUAAUGAACAUGAAAUUAUUAAAUGACUUUUAAUACCGAUCGUUAAUAUGUAUUUAAUUAUCAGUGGGUUCGUGUUUGCCCGAAGACUUCGUAGGUGCGAUCACGAAGCGAGGUUACGUUUCUUCGGACGCCCUGGGGAUCAAUUUGUGCACUUACGAAGUACAAGUCGCCGGGAAAAAUGUGUAAUUAGGUACGCGAGAAUUCACUCUGAUAAAGCGUCGCUCUACUACAAAUAUUCUAUCGACAUUAGAUACGUAUAACAAUACUUGUUCCAAAUAUAAUCGAUUCUUUCACGCUCACUCUCCCUUUCGUUAAUCAGAUAAUUAUUAUUACGACGCGAUUGUGAUUAGUAAUUCUAGCAGUAACCCAUUACCGUGAUCGAUAUGUUGCAGUUGUUAUUGGACAAAUCUCCAGCCCCCUCUGGAUCGGUUGAACUGCACGUGUCCCCCUCCGCUUAAAAAUAAUCGACGAUUGACGAUAGUAAUAACGCGUAGUCGUAGAUCGUUACAAAAUGGUACAAAUACGAGAAUGCUCUCCUUGCACCACGAAGGAACUGUAACCUCGCUCGUGGAAGGGAAACUGAGUAGGGUUAAAGCAAGGGCCCGUCCUCGGAUACUGCGCAAACGAUGUAAAAAUCCGCAUCCCGUUUAAUCGUAACAGUACGGCUCGCCUGGUAUAUUAUUUACAUGUACGACGUCUUAUUUCUUACACGACUAUACAGGGUGUUCGACCACCACUGGAAAAAAUUUUAAUGGGAGAUUCUAGAGGCCAAAAUAAGACGAAAAUCAAGAAUACCAAUUUAUUGAUGGAGG